AUGGCAAUCAUCAUUGACCAUCUCAACGACGAUAUUUUCCUCAUCAUCCUCUCCUAUCUCGAGAAGCGAGAUCUCUGCGCCUUGUCGCUCACCUGCAGACACUUCCACAUGAUUGCCUUUCCAGGAAUUUGGGCCGUAUUUUCGACAAACCGGGUUCUCUCCUUGUCCUGGUGGCAUGAGAAUAUCGGCACCAACGCUCGUUAUGUUCGUGAGGUUGCGAUCCAUGUCAGCGACCAGCCAUCUACGCUCCCCGAUGUCUUGUUCGCAACCAAGAACAUCCGUUCCCUCGAGAUAUCCUAUCUGACUCUCAUCUCUGGCGAACCGCGUCUCUCUAUUGCUCUCGCAGAACUGCGCGAGCUCCGGACACUCUCUUGCAACUGGGUCGAGGACAAAAUGCUGCCGACGAUCCAAAACAUCCCCUCUCCCAAUCUCACAAGCCUCAGUCUAGGAUAUGAAGGCCGAACAAACUUCUGCGCACACAUCCCCUCCCUCAUCUCCGCCAUCAGAUCCUUCCCUCGCCUAUAUACUCUCAUUCUAGGGUUCCUCAAACCGACCACCUCUGUCGACAUCGCCAGCUACCCGCCUUUCACCUCCAUCCGGCAGCUCACCCUCAACAGAGUCACAGAACCUGCGACAGAUCUCGUUUAUCUCUGUCCCAACGUGACCUUGCUCAAACUUGGCUUCGACCAUCUGCGCAAAGAAGACCCCAACGAAUCCCGACCGAGAUGGCGCCCCUCGCCGCUCCCUCAACUCACCCUCGCGGAUUCGCGCAUGGAGGCCAGAGACUCCAUGGUCUCGUUGCUGGAACAACGGGACUUGCACGCGACACACGUUCGACUUUCCAUGCUCUGGGGGUUCACGCAGGACGGCAUCUCGUUCACGAAGGGCGAACCCGCGUCCCGACUCCCGCGCGUUCUCGCCGCGCUCAAGCCGCGCUCCCUCUACUUGGAGGUAUUAGCGACGUGGGGCUCAGCGAAGCUGUCUGAUUGCACGGGAACUCUCUGGCAAGAGGUCGCCGCAGCCGCGCCGCACCUGCGUGCGCUCGUGCUCCGUGUGGCUUCGUUCAACGACGACGAUACCGAGAACGAGAGGCCCGGGAGAUGGAUGCCCCCGAAUGCGCUGGUGGCGGAACUCGCCCGGCUCCCGCUCGUCUGCGUCCAUCUCAAGGCGGACCCAGAAUUGUCUGACUGGAAGUCGGGGGACUCGGACCGCCAACGUCUUCACGCGCUCGCCGUGUUUCCCGGGAAGCUCGCCGCGGCCAUUCCUACACUGCGCGUGGUCGGCGUAUCGGAUGGGUGUCGUCAUGAGCAGGGCGUGCGAUCCACGCGGUGGUGGCGCGUCGAGCGCGGCGAUGGCGAUGGCGCGUCGCGGUGGCUGGUCGAGCUCUGGCGCGAAGAUGGGGAGCGGGCGCUGCGGCUCGUGCAGAGCGAGGCGUUUUGCAUGUCCGAUCUUGACGACAUCUACUCGGAGAAGUGUCGUUACGUGCCGUGA